AGCAAUUGAGUCUCAUAAUCCAACAUGUUCAUCUCCAAAUCAAUCCCUCUGGGUCUCUUAGUCCUAUGUCUCUACCACAAUUCAGCCAUUGGUGCUUCCCCACUUUCCCAUUCUUGUUUCAGCGCUGAAAACUACACUGCCAAUAGUCCCUAUGGUGCUAACUUAAACUUACUCUUCAAUCUUUUAUACACCAAAGUUCAUCCAACUGGCUUUGCCCUUGAUUCGACUGGCCAUGGCCAAAACCAAGUCCACGGCAUGGCUCUAUGCCGUGGUGAUGUCUCAGAAAAAAACUGCAAUACUUGCGUGGUUGACGCCAGUAAAGAGCUCCUUCAACGGUGUGCUUAUAGCAAAGGAGCAGUUAUUUGGUACGAUCACUGCCUCUUAAAGUACUCGGAUGUGAGCUUCUUUGGACAGAUUGAUUAUGCGAAUAGGUUCUCUAUGUCGAACGUCCAAGAAGUAGAUCAGAAUGGAACACUAUUCAAUGAGAAAGUUCAAGAGUUGUUAAGCGAGUUAUCUAAUGAAGCUUCUGAUGUUAAUCCAAAGCUAUAUGCUACCGGUAAGCUACAACUCGAUACAAUCACAACGUUGUAUGGUAUUGCUCAAUGCACGAGGGACCUCUCUGGCGUUAGUUGUAAGAAGUGCCUUGAUGGUGCAAUAAGCGAACUGCCUAAUUGUUGUGGUGCAAAACGAGGUGGUCGUGUUGUUGGUGGGAGUUGCAAUGUUGGUUUUGAACUAUAUCCCAUUGUUGGUACUUAGAUCAUAAUUGUUAUAAAUAUGAAGUCUUUUCUAUUUAUUUUUAUAAUGUAAUCAACUUAUUCAUGUAUUAAUACCUUACAAAUAAAUGAAGUUCUGAUA